GGCGCCCUCAUCUCAUUGCGCGUAAGGAAUCUGUCGACACGGAGUAUCGACCGAGGCGGAGUAACUCCUACACCUCCACUUCCUUACCUCGUUUUUAUUUAGGUUAUAAUUUGCAAAAAUGACAGAACAGGAGCAAUCUUCAUCGAAAUCAAGUGGUUCAGCAGACUGCAAUGCUGAAAAAGACGAGAAAAGACCACAAUUUGGUACGAGGUUUUUAACCGAUUCCUCUGAAGUAUUCAAGCACAAUGCAUGGGAUAAUGUCCAGUGGGAUGAAGAGCAGCAAGUUCAAGCUCAAAAAAAGGUUGCUGAAAACUCUGAAAAAAUAGCAUCUGAAGAGGAUCGACAAAAAUUUGAACAAGAUGCAAAUAAAUAUUGGGAUUCUUUCUACAGCAACCACCAAAACCGAUUUUUUAAGGAUAGGCACUGGCUUUUCACUGAAUUUCCUGAACUAGCGCCUCACAAACCAGACGAAAUUGAGUCGGAACUGAAACCUGACUAUAAGAGGUGUAUUCUGGAAAUAGGGUGUGGUGUUGGAAACACUGUCUUUCCAAUUUUGCAAUACAGUCAAGAUAAAAAUUUAUUUGUGUAUUGCUGCGAUUUCUCUUCCACUGCAAUUGACAUUAUGAAAGAAACCCCUGAAUAUGAUACAUCAAGGUGUUGUGCUUUUGUUUGUGAUGUAACUGCUGAUGAAUGGAAUGCUCCUUUUGAAAAGGGGACUUUAGACAUCAUUGCUAUCAUUUUUGUCUUGUCAGCAAUUAGUCCAGAAAAGAUGGACCAAGUAGUCAACAAAGUAUAUGAGUACCUGAAACCAGGUGGUUUGGUAGUUUUCCGUGAUUAUGGCCGCUACGACAUGGCUCAGCUGCGUUUUAAAAAGGGUCGUUGCCUUGGAGAUAACUUUUACUCAAGAGGAGAUGGAACCAGAGUCUACUUUUUUACUCAAGAUGAGUUGAGAACAUUGUUCAAGGGAGCAGGAUUCGUUGAAGAACAAAAUUUGGUUGAUAGAAGAUUACAGGUCAAUCGCGGAAAGCAAUUAACCAUGUACAGAGUAUGGGUCCAGGCCAAGUAUCGCAAACCACUGACCUAGAAAUGGCCUGGAACAUGUAUACAAGGUUUUUUACUCAUAAAUAAACUCUUAAUCAAUUGAUUGUAA